GAUCAUAACGGCUCAACUCCCUGCACGCAUGCAUGAUACAUCCCCUUCGCGGCUAUUUUCCUUCAUGUUUUGUAUAUGAACCCAUUGCAUACAAAUAAAAUCCAAGAGAGGCUGUUUUCCUUUCUCAGAAACACCCCCUCUCCGGCAACAACAAGCUCCUUUGAGAGAAGAAGAAUGACAAAUACACAAAAUCCUGAAGUAUUUUUAGACAUAUCCAUUGGCGGGAAUCUUGCAGAAAGAAUUGAAAUAGAGCUUCUUGCAGAUCACGCCCCUAAGACUGCACAGAACUUUCUAGCGCUUUGCUCAGGUGACAUGGGGCUUGGAAAGCAUACGGGAAAGCCUAUGUACCUCAAAGGGUCAACUUUUUAUAAUGUAGUGAGGGGAAAAUGGGCUGAGGGCGGAGAUUUCUCUGAGGAAAAUGGAACUGGUGGAGAGAACAUAUAUGGAAUACCAUUUUUUGAUGAGGGCGGGAGACUCAAACAUGAUGCACCUUAUCUUCUCACAACGGCAAGUGAUUAUCAUAAAUAUACAAUCGGAUCCUGUUUCUUUAUCACCUUCAAUGAGCUAAAUGAACUCGAUGGGAAACAUGUUGUGUUUGGAAGAGUUGUGAGAGGCUAUGAAACUGUGCAGAAAAUUGAACAGGUCCAAACAUUUCCUGAUGGAAGGCCCGAACAUCUUGUCAUCAUUACAGCAUGUGGAGUAUCUCCUAAAACUAGAAGUCUUAAUUCAACCUUGAUAAGGAAAGAUUCCAUGUUGCCUUCUGAAGGAAGACAUUCGAGAAAGAGAAAGUCAAAAAGACACAGAGUUGUUGAGCAGCACUCUGAAUCCAGAUGUGGGACUGUGAAAGCUGGUGUGACUUGUCGUUGUAAAUAUUCUGAACUUUUCAGGCAUGAUCAAAAACAGAAAGGUCAUUCCAAUCAGUCAUCUCCAAGCCAUUACCAAAGCAAGUCAAGAGAAAAAACUUCCCCUGGAUGGAAUUAUGAAGGUGACGGGAAUAGUGCCAAGGAAUCAGUCCCUAGGCAUUCAAGGAGCAAAUUGAGAGACAAGACUUCCCAAGGAUCCCGAUGGCCUAGUCCAAUCAAGAGAAGUGAUUCCAAGCACUCACCUAGGAAGCGUCACCGGAGCAAUUCAAGAGACAGAACAGGCCAUCAAUGGCGUAUUCGAAGUGAGAUAAGCGAUGCAAGGAACCGAUACACGAGCAAGUGUGGCCGAAGCAGGAAAAACUUGCAAAAAGCACCUGGUUCACAUGCACAUGAUCGUGGUCACAGCAAGCAACAGAAUCACUGUCCAGAUCCUGAAACGGAGUUUCCUAGCUUGAGUAAGAGUAUGCAAAUGCGACUCCGUCUCCCUGGAGAUGAUGCACAGCCUUAAGAUUGGAGUUCUAACUAAUUGAAUGAGCUAUUACAAGC